UUAACCAAGUCCGUAGUUCUUUAGUCAAAGCAACAUGUCUGCGCCCUAUGGACAAUGUGGAAGUAAACAAUCAUGACGACUCAAAUAACCUUCCACAUAAAAUAGCCCAUUCGGAUCGCUUUUAUCAUCAGUGGGUUGUAAUAACCGUUAACAAUGGCGUUACGUUUUAGCGGCAUCAUUUUUAGAAAUGUCUUGCGGUGUUCUGUUAAAGUACACAAAGCUGCGCCAGUUGAAAAUGCGUCAUGGUUUCUGAACACAGGUGGUGGUUUCGGCUGCUUGAGGACCAGUGGACAAAUCUGUCUUCACUUCACUCCCGUCUGUUUUAUUGCAUCGGAGGCGGUUUCGGGAAUGCUGGUACAAGGCAAAGCAGUAGAAACACAUGACAGCUUUUGUCACCGUCCAGCCUCGGUUCCGCCUAACAACGCUGAGCAAAAGACUUUGCUGGUUAACCGUCCGGAUCAACCUGAAAACUCAAAGAUAUUGAAAGUAGCCAUCAUUGGUGCCCCAAAUGCAGGGAAAUCAACUUUGUCCAAUCAGCUCCUUGGAAGAAAAGUGUUUGCUGUAUCAAAGAAAGUGCAUACAACUAGGUCUCGUGCUGAAGGUGUCCUCACAGAAGAUAACACCCAAAUUGUUUUACUAGAUACUCCUGGCCUCACGACCCCUUCGAAAGUGAAAAGGCACCAGCUGGAGAGGACUCUCCUUGUGGAUCCUUGGAAUUCAGUUCAGGAGGCUGACCUAGUGGUAGUCCUUGUGGAUGUGUCUGACAAGUGGGCCUGCAAUAAACUGGACUUUGAGGUCCUGAAAUGUUUGGCUCAGAAUUCGAACAUCCCAGCGGUCCUCGUCCUAAAUAAGGUAGAUCGGUUGAAGGCUAAACAUAAGCUGCUGGACAUCACCUCCAGCCUGACGGAAGGAGUGGUCGAUGGGCGGAAGAUAAGAGUCAGUUCAGCCUUCAGGGAACUGCCUGAGAGGCGGGGCCUAGACUCGAAGGCGGCCGCAGCCGGAGUGGACGCGGGUGCGCAGGAGUCCGCGGACCCCUCCCCCCAGGGUCCCGCCGACCUCCCUCAGGCUGUCACCGACGGCGACGGGAAUCGAAAGCUGAGCAAAGAGGAGCUGAGGCAGCUGAAAUCCAGGCAAGGCUGGCCCCACUUUCGGGACGUGUUCAUGCUCUCUGCCGUGGACGCUGAGGAGGUGGAAGCUCUGAAGAGGUAUCUGGUGCUAGGGGCCAAGCCGGGGUCGUGGCAUUACCACAGCGGAGUGCUGACUGACCAGAGUCCAGAGGACAUCUGCACCAACGCCGUGAGGGAGAAGCUUCUGGAAUAUCUGCCCCAGGAGGUGCCCUACAAUGUCUCUCAGAUUAUUGAAAUGUGGCAAGAGGGAGAGAAUGGGCAGCUGGACAUAUCGCUGAAGCUGUAUGUGAAGAAGGAGGGUCACAUGAAAAUGCUGAUUGGACAAGCUGGUCAGGUGAUUGCUAGGAUUGCCGGGGAGGCAGGGGAAGAUCUGGCCAAUGUUUUCCUGUGUGAUGUCAGGCUGAAGAUAACCGUGAAGGUCAAAAAAUAAGAGCGGGGUGGGGUGCUGGAGGACCACUUGUUUUUUUUGAUGAGCUGUUUUUUUGGCACUUUUGAGACUUUUUGUGACAAGCCAUCGCUGAAGGACACCCUCAUUAAUAUGGACUUAACAGAGCAGCCUCUGUGUGUAUUCAUAUGUGUGACUGUGUGAGUGUGCACUCACUGGAGAGGUGAAGGUGUGAAUAUUAGAUAUCAUCCAGUAUCGGUCUCACCAUACGCAGCUGACCAGUAUGUAUGAACACUAAGCUCCUGAAGGGGAGGAGUUGCAGGGCGAGAGGACAGUGGCAGCAAGAGUAAGGGUGUGAGAGGCGAGGGGCAGGGGUUGGUUGAGCUUUUGAAAAAGGUCAUUUUUUAUCUGUCCCUCUGCAGCCCUUGGAAUCAGCCUCUCACCAUUGGCCUUCUGCUAACCUGAGUGCCAGAAGAUAAAUAUACUGGUUCAGGCACAGUCAUGCAUGGGGAUCAUUUCUCUCCCCUUCCCCCUCUUUCCAUCUCUCUUUCUCUCUCUCUCUCAGUAUCUGUCUCUCUCUCUUUCCCUACCCACCCCCCAUCCCAAAGCUAAACUGUAAACACUCUGGCCCAGAGAACUAAAUUA